AUGGUGCCUAUCUGGGCAGUAAUAUGUACUGUUCUCAUAGUUGUAUUAUUGGCUAUAUUCAUCUUUCUAUUCGUUAUCAAAAAAAGGACAUCUAGAGCCAUUGUCCAACCACAAGAUGACGCAGCGACACUUCAGGGAAGCAUCCAUGAAAAGAAUAAGCACAUCUCUAUACCAAACGCUUGUUACUUUGCUGACAAGAUAGAAAUUGAAUCCUCGGAUGAUCCUUACUACAAAGACGCUGGUGGCUUUGUCUCUAUUGAUUUAGAUAACAACAUAAAGAAAGAAGAACAUAGUAAUGAGAUCAAUUAUACAUCAUUACCCAACGCAAGUACGUCGACUAUUGUUACUGCUAUUGAGGAAGGACAAGCUGCGACUGUAGCACGACAGGUCAUUCGUUCUGCCUCUAGAAAAUCUCGCACUCGAUCCAUGGUCAUCACGGAUGAAUCAUCCAUGUUUACAGAAAAAGUGCCCGAUAUAUCCACCUAUGCUACCGUCCGACGUCCUCCUGCUUAUUUUAAGAUGAAGGAUGAAAACGACAGUCAGACGAUAAGCAAGGCAGCACCCUAUAAUAAACAAGACAAGACCUUACCUAGAAAGAAUCAACUACAGCAUCUCUUUAAUGAUGCCUCGACGGAUGGUCUCGAAAGCAACAACAGUACUAUUCGAAAUAACAAGAUGCCAAAUCGUAAUGUGGAUACCAUUCGUCGUAUGCUUCAGUCAUCAUGGAGUGGUCACAACUUGAAAUCGAGUGAGUCCAGUAGUACGUUGUCAAGUGGCAUUAGUAGUAUACGACCUAUAGCCUCUCCUGUCGGAAGUAUCAAUCCUCGCUUACAAAAUCAACAGCUGGUUUCUCUCUCACUCAAGGCAAAUCAAGUGCAACGACGACAGCGUCCAACGAUUAUUGGAUACAUGGACGGGCCAAAGCCCACCGCAUCCUUUUCUUCUUCUACUGUACAAACUGUUAUACCUGCAGAUGAAGUGUAA